AUGAAUCUAUCAACGCAGAUUAUUUCUUGUCUGAAUAUCACUUUGGCAAUUACCAUUGCCAUCACCAGCCUCACCAUCGCUAUUGCUAUCGUCUACUUCGCAGGCUCAUACCUCGGCUACCCGUUCGCCCAAUUCAACCUACGCUUCACACAACCUACUCAGUCCCAAUACCAGAAUACUGGUUCUAUCCAACAUAAAGAUACCGAUGGAAAUUUCAAAGAACAUGAGGUGGCUCGGCGUCUCGGGGCGAUGCUUGCUUUGUCCCUUUACUUUUUCGCGUUGAUGUUGGAGCUUGUCUUCGAGGGUCAAAGGGACGUAAAAGGGGAGGGCAGCGAAUGGAAUCUAUGGCGCAUGGAGGCGCUUUUGUUUCGGGUUUGCUUCGAGGGAUUGUUGACGCUGGCUAUCCUCCGGGGAAUUAGACGAGUUGUACUUUUAGUAUUCGGCUAA